CCUAAUCGAAACGUUGACCUUCCAACCAGGUACUCAAGAUAAUACUAGAGGUGGACAACUACUGUAUUACUAGACCGAGUCUAAAGGCCAAAAUACAAAGGGCUUUCUUUCGUGAUGAGAACAUUGUCACUCAGAGAUUUUCAAGAAGUGAGAAUCCCUGCUCCUUGGGGUCACAUCGCAGGACGUUGGUAUGGCAAUACAAAGGAUCGACCGAUCCUCGCAAUCCACGGAUGGUUGGAUAAUCUGGGCACCUUCGAUCGGUUGAUUCCCUUACUCCCCGAUUACAUAGGGGUACUCAGUAUCGAUCUUCCUGGACAUGGAAGGUCCUCUAGCAUUCAGCCGGGGAUGCACUACUCCGUGUAUGAUUACGUCUACAUUAUUCCCCGAGUUAUGAGAGAGUACGGCUGGUCGAAGGUGUCUCUAAUGGGUCACUCAUUGGGUGGCUUCUUGAGCUUUAUUUACACUUCGGUGGCUCCACACACCGUGGAUAUGGUCAUAUCCCUCGAUGUAUUGCUGCCUAGGUCAGUGACUCCUAAAAUAGCAGUGGACGUUGAGGCCCAGAAUAUGGAAAAGUACCUAGUGGAAGAAGAUCGUCAAGUGAGGGAUAAUCUUCUCGAACCCCCCUCUUACACACUCCCUGAGUUGACUAAAAUCGUUGUCAAGAGGAGCUUAAAUUCUGUGACCCCAGAGUUGGCUAAGCACCUUCUUCAUCGCCAGGAGAAAAAGUCCCAGCUGUUUCCAGGCAGGUUCUACUUAUCCGGGGAUGGACGAGUAAAAUUCUUCCGUCUAUGGAAACUGGAACAUGGCCUUGCCGAAGGGAUGACAAGAAGAAUUCAAAAAAAUCCUUUCCUAUUAAUUAAGGCAUCAAUGUCUUCCUUUGUAGGAGUUCAAUGUGAUGGAGCCAUAUCUGUCCUGCGCCAAAACAAUCCCCACUUUGAAUUCUACGAGGUGGGUGGCGGUACCCAUCACAUCCAUCUUAAAUUCCCCGAAGAGUGCGCCCGUUACAUAGUGCCCUUCAUUCGUCGACAUCGACCUCCGACUCUAAGCUCAGAAGAAAAACUCAAGCCUCCAGAAAUAUUAUUUGAAAGGUGUCAAAAUAAUCAAAGCAAACUGUAAAGAUAUUUAUAAAGUUAUAUGACCAUAUAUGGUAUAUAUACUAUAGUAUUGCAAGCUAAGAAGUUGUGAUAAAGGAGGCAGAAAACAAUAUCCAUAGCUUUGCAUCAAGAUAAAUUAUAAUUAUUAUAUGAGUUAAUGAAGCUGGACUAAAACAAUGUUAUUUUGAUUAUACUCUUCCUAAGUGGUUGUAUUAUAUUUCCCUCUCUUUAAAA